CCGGAGGCUCGCGGUGGCAAGUCGGAAGCGUUCGCACCAGCGAGGCAGCGGCCCGGCGGAGGCGGCGGCAGUGGCCGCGGACUGGACGGAGCGGGCAGGGCCGGCUGGGGAAGGCUGCCGUCCCCUCGCGCACCGCGAGCCGGCCGGAGAGCGCGAUCCUGCGGCGGAGCCCCGACGCUGCCCUGCCCCGGAUUUUGGUGCGCGGCGGGGGGCUAGGCGAGCGGAAUUCCGGCGGCGGCCGCGACUCCAGUGCAAGCUGAGGGAAGAGCGAACGGUCCCCGCGCGUCUUGGGUGCACCUGGCCCUCCGCUGCCAUGAGGAGCGGGGUUGCGGCCACUUGAAAGAUUGGAAGGAAGAGUGAUGCAGAAAUAUACCAACAUGAUUCAGGUCCAUCCCUGAGGCUGUGGAGGUUGCACAAAAGCAUCUGGUUGGGAGAGCUAUGAAAGAAGAGACAAGACCCUGCCUGAGGAAGCCUACAUGAGAGUAACUUUAGAGGAGCCUUGCAGCCUGGAAACUGAGACUCAGAAGGAUUUGGUAGCCCGGCAAAGAGCACCCUGCGGGUGCACAUCAGAAGUGGAGUUCGAGCCUGCUGGUCAAGCCCGUGUCAAUCCCUUCUCCACUGUUCGUGGUUGUGAGAGUCUUCGUGCCAAGUGACCAGCACAGAGAGCUCUUGCUAGCCGGUGAUGGAAAUGUACUGGAACGAUGGCAAAAGCUGGUGACUUAUAGGAAGCCAAGAUGACAAGAAUUUUCUUAAAUAAUCAAAGGAAGACCCCCGGUGCACCAUGAGGUGAGCACGCUCGGGCGCCCAGAGCCCCGGAAAGCUGCAUGUGGGCUGCAGGAGCAGCCCCACGCGUCUGGCCUCUUACGUCCCCGGCAUGAGGCCGGGCAGCAUGGGCGCGCCACCGCGGGACCGCUGACCCCUGCCCGCUGGGACCAUGAAGGAGGUGGCGUACUGGUCCCCCAAGAAGGUGGCAGAGUGGCUGCUGGAGCACGCCAUGCCCGAGUACUGUGAGCCCCUGGAGCAUUUCACAGGCCAGGACCUGAUUGGCCUGACCCGGGAGGACUUCGCGCGGCCGCCCUUGUGCCGCGUGUCGGCUGACAGCGGGCAGCGGCUCCUGGACAUGAUCGAGACCCUGAAGGUGGAGCAGCACAUGGAGGCGCACAAGAACGGCCACGCCAAUGGGCACCUGGGUGCAGGUGCGGCCGGCCCUGGCUCCACCGGCAGCUUCGGCCUCCAAGCCAAGCCCAACGGGAUACCCAACGGGUACAGGAAGGAGAUGAUCAAGAUCCCCAUGCCGGAGCCCGAGCGCUCCCAGUACCCCAUGGAGUGGGGCAAGACCUGCCUGGCCUUCCUGUACGCGCUCUCCUGCUUCAUCCUCACCACAGUGAUGAUCUCGGUCGUCCACGAGCGAGUACCUCCCAAGGAGGUGCAGCCCCCGCUACCGGACACGUUUUUUGACCAUUUUAACCGCGUGCAGUGGGCCUUUUCUAUCUGUGAGAUUAAUGGCAUGAUCCUCGUAGGACUCUGGUUAAUUCAGUGGCUGCUCUUAAAAUACAAGUCUAUUAUCAGCAGGAGAUUCUUCUGCAUAGUCGGCACGCUGUACCUGUAUCGGUGUAUCACAAUGUACGUGACCACACUCCCGGUGCCCGGCAUGCAUUUCAACUGCUCUCCCAAGCUGUUUGGAGACUGGGAAGCCCAGGUGCGGAGAAUAAUGAAGCUCAUCGCCGGCGGCGGCCUAUCUAUCACCGGCUCCCACAACAUGUGCGGGGACUACCUGUACAGCGGCCACACGGUCAUGCUUACGCUCACUUACUUAUUUAUCAAGGAGUAUUCCCCUCGACGACUGUGGUGGUACCACUGGAUUUGCUGGCUCCUCAGCGUGGUUGGGAUCUUCUGUAUUCUCCUGGCGCAUGACCACUACACUGUGGACGUGGUGGUGGCAUAUUACAUCACCACGAGACUCUUCUGGUGGUACCACACUAUGGCCAAUCAGCAAGUGCUCAAAGAAGCCUCCCAGAUGAACCUCCUGGCCAGGGUGUGGUGGUACAGGCCGUUUCAGUACUUCGAAAAGAACGUCCAGGGAAUCGUACCUCGCUCCUACCACUGGCCCUUCCCCUGGCCCGCGCUCCACCUCGGCCGGCAAGUGAAGUACAGCCGCUUGGUGAGCGAGACAUAACGGCCGCACCGCGGGGGGCCCCGAGGGCGCCUUCCAAGUGCCGAGGACUCCAGGGGAGCAGACGCCAUCAACAGACACCUCCCGGCCCCAUUACCUUUCAGCCGUUCCCUUGACUUAACCUUUUGAGUUACCUGGUCAGCACUGUGAUCUUUCUUUCUCUCCAAAGGACCUGCGUUGGACAACAAUAAAGAAAACGUCACCCAUCACGCACUGUACACAUUUCCUGUUCAUCAGUCCGGGGUUCCGCAUAACCUGGCGUCACCACGUUCCUUUGUAUACGAUGCAACAGCAUAAAUACAAGCUUUUAUAUCAUCAGUUCUGGUCUUUCCAGUCACAUCUGGAAAAUAAAGCGUAUUAUUUUCUUGGGAAAACAUACUUUUCAUAUCUCUUGCCCCAAAGAUUGGGCUGUAAGCCAUUUUCUAGCAAAUGUCUCUAUGAAGGUUUCUAAGCACCUGACUGGGGUUCGAUUCUGAAAUCUUUCUACCUGUUGCACCGCUAUUCAAAUAAAAAAAUGACAGACACCGAAAGGUUUGGUAACUUUGGGUUUUGUAAAAAUCAGCAGAGAGAGUGUGUCAAAAAGU